AGAAGUGGGCGGGGCUUGGCCAGAUCCACAGGCUGGGUGCUGUAUUCUGGAUUAGUGUGAGAGUUACUGAGUGUUUCAGCUGAACUGAAGAAAAGUAAAGAUAUUUUUUCUUCUUUUUCUUUUUUAAAAAUAAAAUAUUUUGUUACUUCCUUUUAUCGCUGCAGUCGCGCAGCCGGACCGAGCGUUUCUGCAGUCGCGCUGCGCAGAUGUGAAUUCCCCACACAGGAAACUGACUGUGUGUGACAGUGUCGUCUCAUCAUGGCGCGCGCCAGUAUUGCCAUGAACAUCAUCGAGGAAAACCCGCACCAUCCAACCACCGACAAUCAGCCGCUCAUCAAAUACUACAAAGCAACCACCCUGAUACCUGAUAAACCACCCGCCCUGCACCGCCUGCUGGAUAAACAACCUGCAGCCUGGGCUUCUGUGCAGAUCACCAGUGGUAUACUGAGUUUUGGACUGGGCGUGGUUUUCGCGGUGGCGUUUGGGAUGGAGGAACUGCUCCUCACGCUCUUCAGGGUUCCAAUCCUGACUGGAAUCAUGUUUCUGGUUGCUGGGUUUCUGUCGAACCUGCUGUAUAAACACCCCGGCCUGCUGCAGAUCUGCUUCCACUCCAACAUACUGUGUUUAGUGGUGGCUGCAGUCGGGGUCGUGCUGCUGUGUGUGGAUUUAGCCAAGAAUCAGGAGGACCUGCGCUUAAAGGUGGAGGUGGUGGUGCUGUGUGUGACGGUGUUGGACAUGCUGGUCUCCAUCAUUCUGAUCAUCUUCAUACGCAUGGAGAAACUCAACCUGGAGAAAAACAGCGCCUCCUCUGGAGCUCACCGGGAAUAACCUCAACCUGGACCACCUCCGUUAAAAAAACACCAGACUGGAUGCCAAGGAUUUCUAUAGAUAUUCUUACAUGUUUAUUGAGUUUAUAUCGUUAACAAUCAGCCAUAACAUUGAUACCACCUUCCUGGUACCAUGGAAACAGCUUUAACCCCUUAGUUUUUCUCACAAUUAAUGCGUUUUUGUCGGCCCUGACUGACCAGGGCUCUAAUGCGCUCAGAGACUCCUUUUCCCAGCAUUCUCACUCUAUGAACUACAAUGUCUCAUCAAGUCACGUGACUCCCCGGCGUUCUGGUUCACCAGGCUAUUGAUUACCACCUGGAGUUUUUAGUAUAAAUACCCCUCUGUUUGCUUAGUCUCGAGUAUUGAAUCUAGGUUUGCUAGUUGACGCAUUUCUCUUCUGUUAUUUUUUAACUCGAUUAUCGUUUAUCAUUUACUCUUUCUUGAAUUGCCCUGUUUCUUGUUUCUUGUUGUUUGAUUGUUGGUAUGUUGAUUUUAAGUUUGGUGCCCUUUGGUUGCUGACCCCGCCCACUUUUGACUAUCCUUAUAUAUAUAUAUAUAUAUAUAUAUAUAUAUAUAUAUAUAUAAUCUUUUUGUUAAUAAUAAACUGUGUGAACUCUGUCAGAGUGUGUCUCUCCUGGUCCUGGUGUUGGUUACAGUUUUACUGAAUAUACAGUUGCAAGAAAAAGUAUGUGUCAUGUCCUGUCUGUUCUCUUGUCUGUAUGUUCUCAUGUGACCCGGCUCCUCUGUGUUUCCUUCCCAGUGUUUUUCCACUCACCUGUGUUCAUUUGUAGCUCCGCCCCUUCGUCCCAGGUGUUUCCUGUUUCCUGUGUGUGUGCACCUCUAUUUAAGGUCUGUGUUCCAUUUCCCCGGUGUCGAUCCUUGUACGUUUAUCGUCUGUCAGGGCUCUAUGUGUUCCCCGGUUUCCUCAGUCCUGUUUUCAGUUUAUUCCAUGUGUAUUUUGUAUUUGUUUUCUUUAAUAAAUCCCUUUUUGUUUGCA